GCUGCCGAUGCAGUUCUGCGCUGCAGUUGACAUCAGUAGUUUGCGGCUUCAGUUUGCAUAUUUAUAAAAGGGAAUCGUUUCCUAAACCUUACCAAAGAAUUCUUGCAAAUUGUGCAUUUUUCAUGUGAUGGACGAAGACUACCUGAUAGUACCAAGCGGACCGCCGGAUUCCUACUGCCGGUUGUGUCUUUCGGAGUCCAAUGUCGAGCCCUUGCUGUUGGUUUCGGACGGUUUCCUCCAACCCAACCAGGGACUGGUAGAUCUUAUCAAGCGAUAUGUGGAAAUCGGGCUAUCCGCCACGAGGGAUAGCCCGUGCGGAAUUUGCCACACCUGCCGGAUGAUGCUGGAGGAAUUCGAGAGUUUCCGGGAACGGUGUCUGCGGUGCGAUUACAUCCUUACAGGGAAAGAGCGCAAUGUGCCAUUUGAGUGCAGCGAGUGUCCAAGCCGGUUCCGAUUCAAGACAGAGUUCGAACGGCACUGGAAGUUGUACCAUGAGAUGUUCUUCCGGUGCGAUUCUUGCGAAGCCGGAUUUUCAACGCAAGCCAUGCUGGAUGGUCACCAGGAGCAGUAUCACAAAGAAGGAGGGAACGAGAUGACUUUCAACUGCUCGUUCUGCUCGCGGAUAUUCGCCGAUGAGAAUCAGCUUCAAUUCCACGUUCGAUUGUCGCAUACGACGCCAACGUCAGUAACGGAUUUCGUUCCUCCGCCGGCCAAAAAGAGAAAACCGGCCAGGAAGCCGAAGCCUAUCCAACAAGAGCCCGAAAACAUCGAUAAGCCAUACCAGUGUAAAGCUUGUAAGAUUAGAUUUACCUUCAUUGGAUCUUUGACGCGCCAUUUAGCUGAGAAACACCGAAACUACGCUAGAUCGUCGAAAAAAAAAAAAUCCACGACUGUCGCUACGGGAAUUCAGUCCAGCAGUCCAAUGGCCACAGAUAGCUCAUUAAUGCCUGAGGUUAUGAUUCAGGAAAUCGAACCUUCAGCUAUGGCGUUUCCCUUCGAUAGGGAAAAUUCUGCCAUGAGUAACCACUUCUCAGCCCAAAAUGGAUCGGAACGAUCUAUAGUCUCACCGUUCGUCAUAGCUCUGAAUCGUUUGGAUCCCGACUUGAUCCCUCCGAUAGCAAACUACGAGAUUCCUUUGGGAAAGUUUUACCAUGCCUUGCAGAGGCAAGCGGACCCUGUUGAGGAACCGCCGAUGGACGACGAAAUCCUGAUGAACUAUCCUUCGUUUACGCGCAGAGUCCACAAGGCGGUCCGCUGUGAUCAAUGCUUGGCGGAGUUUUCCGAUAAACGGGGCCUCGAUCGACACCGGGCUAUCAAACACGACGGCGCCUACCACACGUGCCCGGAAUGUUUCCGCCAGUACCCGGACAAGAGCAGCCUGGAUCGGCACAGAUAUCUGCAUACCAAUGAUUUCCCCUACAAUUGCGACCAGUGUCCGCUGGGAUUCGUGCGGCAAUCGCUUCUGAACCAGCACAAGGAAAAAGCUCACUAUCCGGGGGCGCCCCCGAUUCAGCUGUACUAUUGUCCGUACUGCAGUCGGCCGUUUACCGUCAAACAGAAAAUCAAGUCCCACAUCAUGUUUCUGCACAGUGAUCAGAGCGAUGAUCUCUACAAUCUACCAUUCUAACGCAGAAGGAUUUGUGGCCAUUGAUCUACUGAAGUAGGUAUCUAUUUUAUAUAUAAAAGUAUAUUCUUCUAAAUUCUGUCGGAUCUGAGGUU